AGAUUGAUUACGCGCUCACGCACAUUCGAACAGUUUCAACCUCCUCGACGAACGUAAAAUUGUUUGCUCCUUAUUUUGACAUUUCAUCAGUAGCUAUUAGUACUAUACAAUUUACAGUGUCCUAGGCACGGAGAAGGAUUAAGGAUAAGGAUUUCAUUCAUUCUUCCAAAAUGUCAGGGAAAUAACUACAACUCCCAUGAGCCCCUGUGAGGCGUUAGAGUGCAAAGUCGGGUUCAGACGUGUUCAUUGAAAGAGGAGUUUGUGUCGAGCAAGACUUCCUGUAAAACGCAAACCGCGCUCAUUUGUAAAGAUGUGCCGAUUAGCAAACGUCUUUAUCAAGUGACAGGUUUUCCACCGAGGUCUGCCCGCAGUAAGCCGCCAUGGGGCCAGCUUUUGCCAUUGUUCUUGUGUUUGUCGGAUGUUGUAGCAACGUGGUGUCUCUGGAGCUCCUCGUUAGAGAUUUCCCAGGAUGCGGCAACAUCGUCACCUUUGCUCAGUUUUUAAUAAUCGCAUUUGAAGGAUUCAUCUUUGAAACCAACUUUUGGAGGAAGAAACCGGCCAUCCCUAUCAGAAACUAUGUGAUCAUGGUUACGAUGUUCUUCACGGUCAGCGUGGUCAACAACUACGCUCUCAACUUCAAUAUAGCCAUGCCGUUACACAUGAUCUUCAGAUCGGGAUCGCUAAUCGCUAAUAUGAUUUUGGGAAUAAUCAUCCUGAAGAAAAGAUAUUCAGCCAGUAAAUAUCUGUCUAUAGCUCUAGUAUCUGCUGGCAUCUUCAUCUGCACCAUCAUGUCUGCUAAACAAGUGAAUGUGGCAAAUGAGUCAGAAGAGCAAAGCUUGUACGUCUUCCUACACUGGCUUGUGGGUAUUGCCAUGUUGACCUUUGCUCUGCUGUUAUCUGCGAGGAUGGGCAUUUUCCAGGAGAUGCUCUACAAGAAGUAUGGAAAACACUCCAAAGAGGCUCUCUUCUAUAACCACUUCCUCCCCUUGCCUGGAUUCCUGCUGCUCUCCACCGACAUCUACAACCACUGUGUCCACUUUAGUCAGAGCACUCCUGCACUUAUUCCCGUAGUUGGACUGACAAUUCCGAUAAUGUGGCUCUACCUGCUGAUCAAUGUCAUUACACAAUACGUCUGCAUCCGUGGCGUCUUCAUCCUGACCACUGAGUGCACCUCAUUGACUGUUACCCUGGUGGUGACGUUGCGAAAGUUCCUCAGCCUCAUCUUCUCCAUCAUAUACUUCCAAAACCCGUUCACCACCUGGCACUGGGUGGGCACAGCCGUGGUCUUUCUGGGGACUCUGAUCUACACCGAGGUGUGGAGCAGCUUGCAGGCGGCUCUGCAUGGACCUGCCAAGAGGGAGAAGAAGGCAGAGUAAAGGAGGAGGUGCCACUGUAUGGAACUGUUGUCAGUCAGCUGUACUGCAGCGAUUUUAUAGUUCUCAGACUUGAUUGAUGAUCACACAUCGUGGGCCACAGAAAACCUUUCACACAAGGUCUGUCAACAGGUUAAUAGUGGCAUUAGGGUGCUGAUACUUAUGUUAUUGUCCUUAAAUCCCAGAAGAAGAACUUUUUUUUUUUUUAAGAUAGUUUAUCUAAUAACUUGCUGUUGAACUUCCGAGUUAAGCACUUGCUGCACUCAUUAAGCAGCUGUUUCCACUGAGACUCCCUAGAAACCAGAUGAGCGAAUACAGUCAUAACUAACCGGCAGCUGGACAGAGUGGAACAUUUAGCAGCUAGAAGAAUCUGAGCUGAGUUGAUGAACUGGUCAGGCCUAGAGCUACAACCUUCAGUGACUUUGUGCUGUAGGACAUUGACAAUGAUUUUUCCUAACGUUUUAUAGACCAUAUAGAUAUUUAUAGAUCUAUAUGUAUUAUCUGGUAUAUUAGUCUGAGGUCUAUUUCUACUGGACCCAGGUGGCUUAAAAUACAGGUGGGGUAAAGUAAAUGUUCUACAGGCGGGUUCUGUAGGUUCUACCAGUUGUUCUUCAAAGAGGACUAAAUGGUGCUUUUGUUUCACUAAGGACUGUGUUCAGUUCAGUAGUAGGACACAUUUGUUUUUUUACUAUAGAACAGAAGUGCUCACAUUCAAGGUGAAGUCAGAUUGUGCCAGUCAGAGCAGUGACGUGUUUAAUAACAUGUAGGAUCUUGACAGUAACUGUUUUUAGUAUUUGAAAGGGAGGGAAAUCAUGCAGAAUAAAGUUAGAAUAGUUCAUGAGAUUCAUGAUAAUUCUUUAAAUGUGAUUUCUGGACAGUAGCAAAAACUUACAAUAUAAUUUUACUCUAACGUUGGUACCUCAUUUGUAUUGACGGGCUGAUGCUGCCACAUUUUCUGACUAAAUAUUUAUUUCCAGGUAGCGGCAGGUAGUUUAUAUUCACAUUCACUAGUAGGUUUAAACUGAAUACAGUGAAUGGAUGAAAUGCCACUAAUGAAUCAGUCUCUUAGAGUAUAGAGAUAAUGUUUGUCAACAUGUGCUGGUUCUGUCAUGCGCAGCAGGAAACCUGUAUAAUAAAAUCAUACACUCCCUGACAA